AUACAAAUGUGAUUGUAUCUUAUAGUAAUGAACACGAGAUGUAUAAUGCUUUGAAAGAUAAUUUAUCCAAAAUUAUUCUUUUAGUUGUAGGGAGAUUAAAAAUAGGUUCAAAAAAAAUCUCUCACAUUGUUGCAUCAGAUAUAGAAUGGAACUAUUUGG